AUGCUUUUCGAUCAUCGUUACAUGCCAUCUUCUUCUUCAAUGGAUGUACCCAUGAAGAACUCGUCCUAUCAUCAUCCAACUCACUUGAUUGCAAGCAAUAUGGGCGAGGAUCACCAUCUCUGCACUUACCCAGGCUUUGGCCAAACUCCCGACUCUCUUCAUUUCUUGCUGAGCACACCCUUCAAUCAACUUGGCAAUCCAUCCAUGACCUUAAUCAAUCAUCAAACCCCAAGCUUUGAUGGUUUAUCUUUUCAUAAACCACAAGAAAAUCAAGUCUCGGUUAAGGGUAAGCAAAGCUCAACUAUGAACGGAAACAACCUUCAAACCCUUAAAUCAACAUCAUGCAAGCCUCACAUAUGUACCCACAAUCAUCAAGGGGUUUCAAGUCCUAUUCACCUUAACGACAACUCGAUUAAAACAACAACAACAACCCUUCCUCAACGCAGACAAUCCAACCCAUCGGCUCCCUCUUCCCAACAAAAACAGUUCUCGUCUGCCUCUACCUCCAAGCGCUCGUUGGAGGCUUUUGCAAGCAGCACAGAUUUUAACGACAUUGUGGUUCAGCAAUCAACCAAUCAACAACAAACGAACGACAAUCAGGCUUCCUACAACGGUAAAGACCGUUACAAGACAGAACUAUGUAGAUCUUGGGAAGAAACUGGAUUCUGUAGAUAUGGGGAUAAAUGCCAAUUCGCACAUGGCAGACAAGAGUUGAGAGUGGUUACCAGACAUCAUAAGUACAAGAGCGAGUUGUGCAAUAACUACCAUUAUGAAGGAACAUGUAUGUACGGAAUUCGUUGUUGUUUCAUUCACUCCAUCGACAAGGCUGUAAUUGGGAGAGCCCUUAGCCAAAACAUUGACAUGGUUCCCAUUCAACAAACCUCUCGUCUUCCAGUUUUUAAAGAGCAAAUUGAUCACUCUGUACCUCUUUACUUCUUUACUGCAGAUUCUGUAAAUCAAUGA